UCCAACUCCACUCUCUCAAAUGAACAGCCAGUGCGACGACUUCUUCUCGGGGCGAUGCGUACUUGUAAACGGCCCCGUGAUCGUGGGCGCGGGCCCCUCCGGCCUGGCGGUGGCGGCGGGCCUCAAACAAGAGGGCGUGCCCUUGGUGAUCCUGGAACGAGCCAGCUGCAUUGCGUCGCUGUGGCAGAACCGAACCUACGACCGCCUCAAGCUCCACCUGCCCAAGCAAUUCUGCGAGCUCCCCUACGCCCCCUUCCCGCCCGACUUCCCGCAAUACCCCUCCAAGCGUCACUUCAUCGACUACCUCCACUCCUACGCUGCAAGGUUUCAGAUUGUUCCGCGCUUCAACGAGUCCGUUCUCUCCGCCAACUACGACCAAACCUGCGGCCUCUGGCGCGUCAAGACCGUCUCCGGCGCCGCCGAGUACAUCUGCCGCUGGCUCGUCGUGGCCACCGGCGAGAACGCCGAGAAGGUCGUCCCGGAAUUCCAAGGGCUGCAUGACUUCGGCGGCGCCGUCAUGCAUGCCUGCGAUUACAAAUCCGGUGAAUUUUACAGAGGGAAGAAGGUGUUAGUCGUCGGGUGCGGGAAUUCUGGCAUGGAAGUCUCGCUUGAUCUCUGCCACCACCAUGCCUUCCCAUCAAUGGUCGUCAGGAGCUCUGUUCAUGUGUUGCCGAGGGAAAUCUUGGGGAAAUCGACUUUCGAGCUGGGCGUGUCACUGAUGAAAUGGAUGCCGAUUUGGGUAGUGGACAAGAUCCUGCUAGCGGCGGCGAGGUUGAUUCUCGGAAACAUCGAGAAAUACGGUCUGAAACGGCCGUCGGUGGGGCCGUUACAGCUCAAGAACACACAGGGCAAAACGCCGGUUUUAGACAUCGGCACACUCCCAAGAAUUCGAAACGGCGAUAUCAAAAUCGUACCAGGAAUCAAAAGAUUCUUGCAGGGAGGAGUUGAGCUCGUCGAUGGCCAACUUCUUGAAAUCGAUUCCGUUAUCUUGGCUACCGGAUAUUCUAGCAAUGUUCCGUCGUGGCUCAAGGAAAAUGAAUUCUUUUCAAAAGAUGGGUUUCCUAACUCACCAUUUCCCAAUGGAUGGAAGGGCAAAGGUGGUCUGUAUGCAGUUGGUUUCACAAGAAGAGGGCUGUCUGGUGCAUCUGUUGAUGCCAUCAAAGUUGCACAAGAUAUUAUCAAGAUUUGGAAGACUGAAACCAAGCAGAAACAUCACUCUGUCAAAGUGCUGUAGUAAAAUUUUUGUGGCUCGUAGUUAUCAAAGAAAUGAGAGAGCAGCCCUCUCCAUGAAUAGCUAGUCCCAGAUCAAUUUUGUAUUUGGGGCAGUUUUUGUACAAAUUAAGGAAGAUGAGGCUUUUAUCCCCCUUUCUUUUUUAGUGGUGAAUUAAGGGAGUUGUACAAAAUGUGGGAUGGAAGGUUUGCUAUCAGUUUUCUUGUUUCAAUUUGAUCCAGCUAGUGUUUAAUGGAGCAGUACAAGCUAGUGAUAGUGUGUAUGAAUGGACCCAUUAAAUGUGAUGGAACCUUGUAUCCAUAAUUCCCAGUAUCCAUAAUUUAUUAAAUGUGAUUCUGACU